UGCGGGGCGCGCGUACGGAGGCCCGCGAGGCCCUGCUCGGCGCGGCGGCCGUCGGCGCGGGAGGCCCCCGGCGCGUCACAGAUCAAGAAAAGCGGGGAGUCCGAUGGCAUGGCUCUAAUCACCUUGCGGAGGAACCUUUGCCAUUUAUCCGACUUUCGCAUACACGGAGCUCUGGCUGCCCUGAGAAACCAUCCUGUAAGCCGUGUUCACAAGAUCGCCGAGGAGCGCCGGCCUCCGUGGUUCUGUCCGCUACCGUCGGAGCCUGUCAGGGUCAGGUUCCAUCACGCCUGCGGCCAGAAGUUCCAUUCAGAGAAUGGGAACGACCUCCUCCAUCCAGCUGGUGAGCUGGUGUUCCCUCCAGCCCACGACUGGGAUACGCCCGAACAAAACCCUAGCCGGGUGGAUGAGCAGACGUUUUACGAGAGACUAAACCACCUCACCUCAUCAGAAGAAGUGUUAAGCUUUGUAAGUACGCUGCAGGCUUUGCCUGAUACUCUGGCAGCAGGGGCCUUACAGCGGAUUUGUGACAUGGAAAGAAAAGAUGGUGAUCAAAAGCUGCCCAAAGAGAUACUGAAGAAUAGUGUCUUUCAAGCCUUAUGCGUUCAGCUUGAACGGGAAUCCUCGAGUCUGCCAGACCCUGUUUUGGUGACGGCUUUGCAAGCUCUGACUCUGUUGCACGCGGAUCCCCAGAGUAGCUUGUUACUGAACCUGGUGGCGGAAUGCCAGCGUCGUCUCCAAAGGGGUGGCCUGGAAGUUCACAGUCUUUGUAUUCUUGGGGAAAGUCUGAUUAAACUUCAAGGUCCAGGCUGUGCGACGCUAGAACUGAUUAUAUGUCAACUGCAAGGUGAAAAAUUGGAAGAAUUUACCCCUGAGGAUAUUGUGACCCUUUAUAGAAUACUGCAGGCUUGUACUGUAAAAGUAAACCAACACCAGGCAUUUCUAAAUAGGAUCAACACCUUUUCUCUGUCAGUAGUUUACAGUUUGAGUCCUGCAUUGAUGAGCCAGAUGCUCGGUGCCCUCGUGGUUCUUGAUCAAACUCAAGCACUUCCUCUGUUUAUAAAAUUGGGAAAAUCUGUUGUGAAGCAUAUCCCUCAUUUUACUAAUGAGGAGCUCAGAAAAGUCUUAGAGGCUUUCAUAUACUUUGGGCACAACGACAGGUUUUUUACAAAAGCCCUGGAGCAGCACGUAGCUUCUGCGUGUCUCACUUUGGGUCCUGACGUUGUCAGCAAAGUCAUGGAGUACUGUAGUAGGAAACGGAUCCUUUCAAAACCCAUCCUCGAUGCAGUGGCGGAAACUUUCAUUUGCCAGUCAGAAAAAUUUUCACCUCACCAGAUUUCUGAGCUAAUAGAACCAUUUGGAAAACUCAAUUACUUGCCCCCAAAUGCCUCUACUUUAUUUAGAAAGCUGGAAAAUAUGUUGCUCACCCAUUUCCAUUAUUUCCCACCCAAGACACUAUUGAAAAUUCUCCAUUCGUGUUCGCUAAUUGAGUGCCAUCCAGUCAAUUUCAUGGCAAAAAUAUUCAGCCCUCAUUUUCUUCAAAAGCUGCAAGGUGAAGAAUUGUAUUUGGACCGACUGAGCCUCGCACAGCUGACCCAACUAUUCUUAACCUCAGUCCUAGAAUGCCCUUUCUAUAAGGGCCAGAAACUUCUUUCUAAAUAUCAAGUGAGGUCAUUUCUUACUCCGUGCUGUUCUCUGGAAACACCUGUGGAUUUUCAGCUUUUCAGAUCUGUGAAGACUGGACUAAUUGACCUUUUGGGAGCAAGAGUGUAUUUUGCCUCAAAAGUGUUAACACCCUAUUGUUACACAAUAGAUGUUGAAAUUAAAUUAGAUGAAGAAGGAUUAGUACUACCAUCUGCAGUCCAUGAAGAUGUGCAUAAAAGGGUAGCACUGUGCAUUGAUGAUCCAAAACGAUUUUCUCUGAAUAGCAAACACUUAUUGGGAAAGGAAGCUAUUAAACAGAGACACCUGCGCUUGCUUGGUUAUCAGGUUGUUCAGAUCCCCUAUUAUGAGAUCGAGGUGCUAAAAUCAAGAGGUGAACUCGUGGAAUAUUUGCAAAGAAAACUCUUUCCUCAAAGCACGGGCGUUUGUUGGUAACAAGAAGGAAUACCACCUUUGGGACGCAAAUAGUGAAGAAUUUGCGUUUUGUGGGACUCAGGACAAAAAAAAGAAUGUACAUUUGCUCAUGGCCUGGGGUGAGCUGGAAAGGGUCUAGUUUUCCUUAUACCAUGUAUACACUUGCCAGGGGUCAGUUUAUUUUUAUUUUUUUUUCAGGGGUCAGUUUAAAAUAAAUUUUUAUUUUUAUUUAAUAAGUGCUAUUACAGGGACUUUUAUACAGGAAGCAAUUGACCAAGGACAAUAAAGGAACAUAAUGAGUGUCGUCAUUUUUAAGUGUCUAUCACUAUCACAUUUUUAAGUGAUAGUCAUUUGCUGCUGAGAAUAUUUUCUUUCAAGACCUGUGUUUCCUCUUGUAACAAAUAUAAAAAGAAACCUGUAAAGUGUAAA